UUUCGUGGAAUGGCUUGUUUACAACUCACACACACAGUUCCUCUUGUGUGCUCUCAAAAGGACUUGAAUUCAAUCCCUUUGAGUUGGAAGCCUCUUAAAGCCUUUAAAUCUGUCUUUUAGUUCCCUUUUCAGAGUCUGUCUCAAUUCCCCUUCCCAUUAUCUCAGUUGUCUGUGCCUGAGAGCAAGAACAGCCACAGAAACUGAGAAGAAAAGAAAAAAAGAAUGCUAUCUUCAAAUGUUGUUCCAUCAUCAUCCCCUGUCACUUUCUCCAAACCCAAUCACCAUUUUUUCAUCAAUGCAUCUCCCAAUCCCAAACCAAAUCUUCUCAGGUUUCAGGCCCAACACAGAGCCACUCCUCUCAAAAGUUCCAAACUUUCUUUUAUGCCAACGUCUCAGAUCCAACAUUCAAUCGCAAAGUUAGGCUCUUUCAGCAGAUUCCUCUCACACCCUUUUGAGCUCUCAUCAAAACCCAGAUACCAAAUCGUUAAGGCUGCAUCAGAAGCCAAUCCUGAAGGAGAAAAUGUAGCCCCCACUGAACCUAAUUCUAAAAAUCUCAAACUUGGUCUUGUGUUUGGGCUAUGGUACUUCCAAAACAUUGUGUUCAACAUUUACAACAAAAAAGUGUUGAACAUAUUCCCUUUCCCAUGGCUUCUUGCAUCUUUUCAGCUCUUUGUUGGGUCCAUUUGGAUGCUGGUGCUUUGGUCCUUGAAGCUCCAACCUUGUCCAAAAAUCUCAAAACCCUUCAUCAUUGCUCUCCUUGGACCUGCUUUGUUCCACACAAUAGGCCACAUAUCAGCCUGUGUUUCAUUCUCCAAGGUUGCUGUUUCCUUUACACAUGUCAUCAAAUCUGCAGAACCAGUUUUCUCUGUCAUGUUUUCUUCAGUCCUUGGAGAUAAGUACCCCAUUCAGGUUUGGCUUUCAAUUCUGCCCAUUGUGCUUGGUUGUUCUUUAGCUGCUGUUACUGAGGUUUCUUUCAAUGUACAAGGAUUGUGGUGUGCCCUUAUUAGCAAUGUUGGUUUUGUGUUGAGGAACAUCUACUCUAAAAGAAGUCUACAGAAUUUCAAGGAAGUUGAUGGCUUGAACUUGUAUGGAUGGAUUACCAUACUUUCAUUGCUUUAUCUGUUUCCAGUGGCUAUUUUUGUAGAAGGGUCUCAGUGGAUCCCAGGGUAUUACAAGGCAAUUGAAGCUAUUGGCAAAGCAUCCACAUUUUAUACUUGGGUGUUGGUGUCUGGGGUGUUCUACCAUCUUUAUAACCAAUCAUCUUACCAAGCACUUGAUGAAAUUAGCCCAUUGACUUUCUCUGUGGGGAACACAAUGAAAAGAGUGGUGGUGAUUGUGUCUUCGGUUUUGGUGUUCAGGAAUCCGGUUCGGCCUCUUAAUGGCCUUGGAUCUGCCAUUGCAAUUCUUGGGACUUUCCUGUAUUCUCAGGCAACAUCCAAAAAGAAAGCAAUGAAAAUUGAAGGUGAAAAGAGUAGUUAGAGAAAAAGAAGGAAAAAAGAAGCAUUACACAGAAAAAAUUGUUUGAUUAUUUGAGUGCUACUCUUAGCCUUGUUAGAAUUAGACAUUAAAUAAGAUCUUCCAUUUUGGUUUCUUUUGAACUAUUGCUAUGGUUUUUCUAUUGAUAUUUUAAAGCGCCUUUUCUGUAUUUGGGUUUUUUUAUGAGUAUAAUUCCUUCUUGCUUGAUUUAUGUUAAAUAGAUCGGGAGGAUAUAAGAAAUUGAUUGCAAUAUGAUGGUAAAUUUCAAUGUU